CUCAACAGCUGUUUUGUGUGGGUGUGGAGAGGUAUAAAGAAAGAAAGACAGAGCCCAAGCAAAUGCUGGGCACAGAUCAGCAGCCACAGGCACGUGCCAAGCAUCCAGAACCUAGACCAGAGCAUCUGCAGCCAGCAUGGGGCAGGCCUUCAUUUGGGCUGGCUUAGCAGUCUUGCUGCUUCUGCAGUGUGGCUCUGCUUGCAAGCUGGUGUGUUAUUUCACCAACUGGUCCCAGUACAGACCUGCCCAGGGGCGUUUCUUGCCCGAGAACAUUGACACCAACCUGUGCACUCAUCUCAUUUAUGCCUUUGCUGGCAUGAACGAGAACAAGAUCACCACCAUUGAGUGGAAUGAUGAGCAGCUCUACAAGACUUUCAACGGACUAAAAAUCAAGAACCCCAGCCUGAAGACUCUUUUGUCCAUCGGUGGAUGGAAUUUUGGCUCCCAAAAGUUCUCCACCAUGGUGUCCACUCCUGCCAACCGCUGGACAUUCAUCCUCUCUGUGAUUCAGUUCCUGCGCCAGUAUGGCUUCGACGGCCUGGACAUAGACUGGGAGUAUCCGGCAGCGAGAGGAAGCCCUCCUGAGGAUAAACAGCGUUUCACAGAUCUAGUCCAGGAAAUGGCUAAAGAAUUCACAGAGGAAGGGAAGAGGACACAGAAAGACAGGCUGCUGUUGACUGCUGCUGUGGCUGCUGGGAAGGAAAAUAUCGAUGCAGGCUACGAAGUCAGCAGCAUCCUAAAAGAACUGGAUUUUAUCAACCUCAUGACCUAUGACUUCCAUGGCUCCUGGGAGCAUACCACAGGCCACGUCAGUCCUCUCUACAAAGGAAAAAAUGAUACAGGACCUGCCGAAUACAGUAACACUGAUGCUGCCGUGAAAUACUGGAUAAGCAAGGGGGCUCCAGCUGAGAAGAUCAUCAUGGGGAUCCCCACCUACGGGCGGGGCUUCACCCUCUCUUCCCCCGACUCCGAUGUUGGCGCACCUGCUUCUGGGCCUGCAGCUGCAGGCACUUUCACGCGGGAGGCAGGAUUCUUGGCCUACUAUGAGAUCUGUACUUUUCUGAAAGGUGCCACCACCAAAAGGAUUGAAGAUCAGAAGGUGCCUUAUUCCUUCAAGGACAAGGAGUGGGUGGGAUAUGAUGACACAGAGAGCAUUACGACUAAAGUUCAGUAUCUAAAGAACAACGGUUUGGGAGGUGCCAUGAUUUGGGCUCUUGACUUGGAUGACUUCAGUGGCUCUUUCUGCAAUCAAGGAACAUACCCUCUUCUAAACACCCUGAAGAAAUUGGGAUGUGGGAUGGUACAACCAACAGCUGCUUCAACCACUGCACGGAUGGUACGAUCAACAGCUGCUUCAACCAGCACCAACCUCAAAACAGCUCCUCAGCCUGUUCCAGCCUCCAAGUUUUGCCUUAAUAAGGAUGACAGCAUUUAUCCUGUCCCAGAGGAUAACACCAAGUUUUACAUCUGUGCUCACAAGGCCACCUUCAGCAUGUCCUGUCCUGACAGACUGGUUUAUAAUGGCACAUGCAAGUGUUGCAACUGGCCUUAAAUCCUCCAGGGAAAAAGAAAAGCUUCAAGAACAUGUCCACGGGAAGUUAAAUGAAAGGUAGAUUCAGAGUCUCUUCAGUAUCCUCUCAGUGCUUCUGAGAUCAGUAACAUGGAUUUCCACCUUCUUCACUAUACUUGCUUAGUUUCUCUUUGGCCUGCAACUAUUACAGUGAUACACAUCAGAGCUGAGGAGGAGAAGGGAUAGGAGAAAAGUCUUAGCACCUCUCAGCAUGUCUGGUAGGUUUUCAAACUGAUGAAUGAUUUUUUUCUUCAUUUUGCCAUAGCCUAUUUUAGCCUUUCACUUCAUCCCUCAGGCCUGAUUUCAAGUGUGUGCGCCCCAAUAAAAACAAACUUUCAUUUGCAAGCAACAGCA